AUGGCAGCACGCAAGCUGCAGACCGAGAUUGACAAGACGCUGAAGAAGGUCUCUGAAGGCGUCGAGGUCUUUGAAGGUAUCUUCGACAAGAUCCAGGCGUCCUCGAACCAGACGCAGAAGGAGAAGCUCGAGCAGGACCUGAAGACGCAGAUCAAGAAGCUCCAGCGUCUGCGAGACCAGAUCAAGACAUGGAUGACGAGCAACGACAUCAAAGACAAGCAGCCGUUGAUUGACAACCGGAAACUGAUCGAGACGCAAAUGGAGAAGUUCAAGGCGUGCGAGAAGGAGAUGAAGACCAAGGCGUUCUCGAAGGAGGGUCUUUCGGCGGCGACGAAGCUCGACCCGAAGGAGCAGCAAAAGGUCGACAUGUGCCAGUGGAUCCAGAACAUGGUCGAGGAGCUGUCGCGGCAGGUCGAGCAGUCGGAGGCCGAGGUCGAGCAGAUCCAGGGUACGAAGCAGAAGAAGAAGGACUCGGAGCGGGAACAGCGGUUGGAGGAGCUUGAAAGGCUCAAUGAGCGGAGGGACUGGCACAUCAACCGCCUCGAGCUGAUCCUGCGGCUGCUCGAGAACGGCAACUUGUCGGUGGACGCGGUCACGAAUGUGAAGGAGGACAUCGCUUACUUUGUCGAGACCAACACGGAGGAGGACUUUGAGGAGGACGAGGGCAUCUACGACGAGCUGAAUCUCGAGGACGAGGAAGACCUGUUCCACAUCGGCCAGGACGACCACCAAUCCUCGCACGACUCGCAAUCUGUCGCCGACGAGCCCGCGCCAACGGUCCCUCCAAUGCCGAAGACGCCGGCGAAGGCGGAGAAGAAGCAGGAAGAGCCGGUGCAGGAGAAGACGCCUGCAAAGGCAAAGGCGGCUGUCGCGACACCGCAGAAGAAGACGAGCCUCGACGCGACCACCUCUCGACCUUCAGUCGCCCCGACACAGACUCCCUCUCGCUCCGUUUCCGGCCCGGCGGCUUCUACCCCCCAACCUCGCUCGACUCCCGCCCCGCCUCUGCCUCCAAUCCGCUACGCCGCCGCCGCCGCCGCAGCGAACGCUUCCUCUCAGCCUUCAGCUGCGUCGACAGCGACCGCUUCCGCUCCUUCUCCCGCCCUCGCCGCCCCUUCGCCUCCCGCCGCCACCACCGCCUCAUCUCCCGGCGCGCCAGCCGGUCCUCCGCCUGGACUGUCGGCCCCUGCGUCUUCUGCCGCGCCGGCGAGUCCAGCGGCGAAGGAGGAGCCUGCGAAGGAGCUUGCGUCGGCUUCGUCGGCGGCGCCCAGUCCCGGGUUGGCCGCGCCUGCAGCGCCCAGUCCGGCACCCAGCGGUGGAUCAGCAGCCCCCGCCUCGCAGCCCCCUCAGACCGCCGACUCCGCCUCUCCCGCUCCUUCCUCCUCCGAUGCCCAACAACAGCCUCAGCAGUCGAAGCAGGACGCGCGGUUGCCGAGCAGUCUGGCGGAUUUGGUCACGAGUUUCGAGAGUGCGAAGCAGAAGUCCCUGCGGCGAGAACAGGACCUCGACGCGAUCAACCAGGUCCUCGAGGCCGGCUUCUCCAACGUUCCUCAACCGCUCGAUGCCGAGAAGCCCAAGUACUACGUCCCGCGCACGCCCUACGCGACUCCGACCUAUUACCCUCAAGAACCCUCGUCGCAAUUCGCCUCCCCCGCGUUCUUCUCGAAGCUCGAUGUCGACACCCUCUUCUACAUCUUCUACUUCGCCAGUGGAACGUACAUGCAGUACCUCGCCGCCAAGGAGCUCGAAAAGUCGUCGUGGCGAUACCACCGCCAGUACCUCACUUGGUUCCAGCGUUGCUCGGCUCCGACAACCAUCACCGAUACCUACGAAAUAGGGGUUUACCUCUAUUUCGACUAUGAAGGAACGCUCCUGGUGCCAGCGCAGAAAAACCAACUUUAG